AUGGAUAAGCUCUUUUUCAACUGUUUCAUUGGAUACUGUCUUCUUUAUUCUCUCUGGGUUGUGCAUGGCAAACAAUUGUCUUGCAAUGAAACCCCCUACCCCGGUGUGUGCAAACAUUACGUUGACACUACCAACACAUUAUCAACCCUUGAUGCUUCAUCCUCUUCCUUCCAUGAUAUGGCCCUUAAGGUCAGCAUGGAGCAAGCCAUGGAGGUUUAUAAACUUGUCUCCAACAUGGACUUGAAUAAUUUCAAGGACAAGCAAUCCAAGUCGGCUUGGGAAGAUUGUUUGGAGCUGUAUGAGGACACACUUUAUCAGCUCAAACGCUCAAUGAACUCAAACAAUCUAAAUGACAGGUUGACUUGGCAAAGUGCAUCCAUUGCCAAUCAUCAAACAUGCCAAAAUGGCUUCACUGAACUCAACCUGCCCUCUCACCUAAACUAUUUCCCCUCCAUGUUAAGCAACUUCUCUAAACUGCUUAGCAAUUCCUUGUCCAUUAGCAAGGCUAUGACAUUGACAUCAUUGUCAUCGACUAAACAAAAUGGUGGUCGAAGGCUGCUUUCAGGUGGCUUCCCCUCUUGGCUUUCACAUUCAGAUAGAAGGCUUCUUCAGGAAACAACAUCGAAAGCUGAUGUUGUGGUGGCACAGGAUGGGAGUGGAAACUAUAAGACCAUCUCUGAGGGUGUGGCUGCAGCUGCCAAGCUCAGUGGAAAAGGGCGUGUUGUGGUGCACGUCAAAGCUGGUGUUUACAAAGAGAGUAUUGAUAUCAAGAGGACUGUGAAGAACUUAAUGAUCAUUGGAGAUGGAAUGGGUGCUACUGUUGUUACUGGUAAUGAUAACGUGCAAGAUGGUUCCACUACUUUUCGUUCUGCUACUUUUGGUAAGUUCGUCGUGAACUCAUCGGUUUCUGGUGAUGGCUUCAUUGCUCGGGAUAUUACCUUCGAGAACACCGCCGGACCGCAAAAGCACCAAGCGGUGGCUCUCCGUUCCGGCGCGGACCACUCGGUGUUCUACAGGUGCAGCUUUAAGGGGUACCAAGAUACCUUAUACGUCUACGCCAACCGCCAAUUCUACCGUGACUGUGACAUAUACGGAACCGUAGACUUCAUUUUUGGGGACGCCGUGUCGGUGCUUCAAAACUGCAACAUCUACGUGAGGAAACCGAUGAGCAACCAGCAGAACACGGUGACGGCACAAGGAAGAACCGACCCUAACGAGAACACAGGCAUCAUCAUUCAUAACUGUCUUAUCACUGCAGCUGGGGACUUAAAAGCAGUGCAGGGCUCUUUCAGAACAUAUCUAGGUCGCCCCUGGCAAAAGUACUCAAGGACUGUGGUCAUGAAGAGUGCCAUCGAUGGCUUGAUUAACCCUGCAGGUUGGUUUCCAUGGAGUGGAAACUUUGCUCUGAGCACUCUGUACUACGGUGAAUAUGCGAACACAGGAGCAGGUGGUAGCACCGGAGGGAGGGUGAAAUGGCCAGGGUUUCGUGUGAUCUCCAGUUCUGAGGCUGUCAAGUUCACCGUUGGAGAUUUCUUGGCCGGGGACUCCUGGAUUCCUGGGACUGGCGUGCCCUUCGAUGCAGGUUUAUGA